CAAAUUGGUAAGUAGAAUAAUAAACUUUCUUCUUAUUUUGGAUCAAAGAGCAAAAAUAUCACGCAAAGCAAGAUAACAAUCCAAUACUAUAAUAAUCUCACUACAAAAUUAUGCAAUUAAGUGAAAUAAAACAGUUAAUUCAAAAGAGAAAAACCAGUUAAAUUCUCAAAACACAAACAAAGAAAAAACAAUGAUUUUUAUGAACUACGUUCAGGGAAAGAAAUUGGUUCCUUGAAAGAUGAAGAUUGCUGAGACUCAAAAUCAGAAUCAGAUUUUUGGAGCUGAUUUUGAUGAUGAUGCUGCUGCUGUUGUUGCUGAUCAGCUUUAGCUUUCUCCAAAUAAGGUUUGAAACCAAUUUGAAUUUUGAAUACUCAAAUAACCAAAAGCUAUUGCUCCUAAAACCACUAUCCCUGACCUAAUUGCAUUCAUCUUCAUAUCUGAUUUCGGAAUUCGAGCCAUACCCUCUUCAAUUCAACAAUCAACAAACACAAAAAUGAUCAAUUUGAAUGUCAAUUGAAUCAAUUGAUUCAUACUAGUGUAUACUGUAUAUAGUGCUAAAAACUUUGAAAAGAUAAAAACGAUGUCGUUUUGACAAUUUUCCAAAUUUGGAACACGUGGACAUCACGUGACUCAUCUUAUGACAUAAAAAAAAGGAAAAAAGAGAAACUUUCUCACUCACUAUUCAUGAAUUUCUGAGCUUAGUUCCUUUCUGGGUUUUUUUUGAGUAAUUUUGUUUUUUCAGGUACUAUAAUCAAUUUUUUUAAUUAAUUUAUGUGUUCACUUAAUUCAAUUUUUAUGUCUUCUGAAAAGUUAGUUUUUACAUGCAUUUUAGGAAUUCAGUUUUUACUAUAAUCAAUUUUUUAAUUAAUUUAUUUGUUCCCUUUAAUUCACUUGUAGUGUUUGUUAUGCUAUGUCUUAUGAAAAGAUUGAGUUUUUACAUGAAUUUUAGGAAUUAGGAUUAUGAAAAUUGGUAUAAGAAUUAGGGGGUUUUGUUUUGUGUUUCUGAGAUAUUCAUGAUUGGGUUGUGAAUAGGGUUGCUGUUUGAUCAUGUUAAUGAAACAUGUGGUCAUGAAUUGUUGGUUACCGUUGUUGAGUUGUGCAAACAAUUGUAUGCUAUUGGCUUCUUCAUCUGUUUUCAGAAGACAGAAGUUUUUUAUAAGAUCUCUUGGAGGUAGCAUUGAUUAUCGCAAGACUGGAAAAAUGCAGUCUGUUGAGGUUGAUGCUGAGAACAUUAUUAGAAUAAUUACUCCUGCCUUAGAUCAAAGUAGACAUAAAGGCCAGGCAGGGAAAAUAGCUGUUAUUGGAGGAUGCCGCGAAUAUACAGGUGCCCCAUAUUUUGCUGCCAUUUCAGCCUUAAAAAUUGGUGCAGAUUUGUCCCAUGUAUUUUGUACAAAAGAUGCUGCUCCUGUCAUCAAAAGCUACAGUCCUGAGUUGAUUGUGCACCCUGUUUUGGAAGAAUCAUAUAGUGUCAGGGAGGAGGACAAGAAAAUCAUAGCAAACAAAGUUCUUGGUGAAGUUGACAAAUGGUUAGAAAGAUUUGACUGUCUAGUCGUUGGUCCAGGCCUUGGAAGAGAUCUGUUUCUUCUGGACUGUGUGAGUGAAAUCAUCAGGCAUGCAAGAAAGUCAAACAUCCCAAUUGUGAUAGAUGGGGAUGGGCUUUUUCUUGUUACAAAUCAUCUUGAACUUGUUAGUGGCUAUGCCUUAGCUGUUCUAACCCCAAAUGUCAAUGAAUAUAAGCGACUUGUACAGAAAGUACUGAGUUCUGAAGUAAAUAACGAUGAUGCUACUCAGCAAGUGCUAUCUCUUGCCAAACAAAUCGGUGGUGUUACUAUCCUCAGAAAAGGAAAAUCUGAUCUAAUAAGCGAUGGCGACACAGUUAAAUCAGUAAGUAUCUAUGGUUCUCCUAGACGCUGUGGCGGCCAAGGUGAUAUCCUUUCUGGAAGUGUUGCUGUCUUUUUGUCAUGGGCACGACAACAUAUUGAAGCUGCUGAUCUAGAUUCAAAUCCAGCGGUGAUAGGAUCCAUUGCUGGCUCUGCAAUGAUGAGGAAGGCAGCUUCCCUUGCUUUCUCAAAUAAGAAAAGAUCAACUGUCACUGGUGACAUCAUUGAAUGCUUGGGGAAAAGUUUGGAAGAUAUUUGUCCUGCUGGUUCAUGCUCUUUGUAACCUCCAAACACUUGUAUAAAACUUGUCGAGUUACGUGUAUGUUUUGCUUAAAGAAUAAGUUUGAUUUAAUAAAAGUAGUCAUUAGUCAACUAGUCAUGCUGUUUGUGACAUCCAUUCAAUCAAGUCUUGUACAAGCUAAUGUCUUGUGUGGUCAUAACAUGUUACAUGUGAAGUUGGUUGAAGAUGUGAAAGGAUUUGAGGUCGUUGAUGUGUA